CAGCAGUAGAGAGAGAGAGAGAGAGCUGAGGCCUGAGAGGCGCACCGCUAUAUACACACAUGCCUCUAAAAUAUACAUACCGCAAAGUCGCCUGAUGGAAUGUAGAAGCGCGAUUUGAAUGUGAAAAACAAGUUUUGCGAAUAGCGUUAUUGCUGUUGGGAGAGCCGGUCGCCUUGAUCACGCCGGUGGGGAGCUGGAACAGAUCUCGAUAGAAUACUGGAUACUGCAGAUUUUCGAGUCUUGGCAGUAGUGCUGCAGCUGUUAAGGUGUGUCCCGGAGAAUUUUAUUUCAUAAAAUGGCCUUUACGAUAAGGAGAGUCGGGAGGUUACUCUUCCUGCGGACCACUGAUUUGGAGUCCCACAAGCUGCACAAAUUAUCCAGGGUCUUCACUGUAAAUUUUUCUAUCAAAUCCGAAGUUCCCGAGGUUGAGAACGAGCUUGAAAAGCAUCCAGCUCCAAAGGGCAAUGGGAAGAUAUUCAAGUCGGCUGAGGAGGCGGUAUCAGAUAUUCCAAAUGGAGCAAAACUCCUGGUUGGAGGUUUUGGUCUGUGCGGUAUUCCUGAAAAACUUAUAGAUGCCCUGCUGAAGCGGGGAACAAAAGACCUGGUGGUUGUGUCCAACAAUGCAGGGGUUGAUGAUUUUGGCCUGGGAAAACUACUGAAGGAGCACAAAAUUAAGAGGAUAAUCGCUUCUUAUGUUGGGGAGAAUGCAGAGUUUGAGAAGCAGUAUCUGAAUGGUGAACUGGAAGUUGAACUAACUCCACAAGGAACUCUAGCUGAACGUGUAAGAGCUGGUGGAGCUGGCAUUCCAGCCUUUUACACACCUACAGCUUGUGGAACUAUCAUUCAAGAGGGCAAUGUCGUUGUCAAAUAUGAUAAAGAUGGAGGUGCAGAAAUUUCUGGAGAUCCACGACCAUCUCAUCAAUUCAAUGGCAGAGACUAUGUACUUGAAACUGCAAUCACUGGAGACUUUGCAUUGGUUAAGGCAUGGAAAGCUGAUACCUCUGGAAAUUUAAUAUUCAGGAAAUCAGCGAGAAAUUUCAAUCCUGCCAUGUGUAAAGCUGCAAAAAUCUCAAUUGCAGAGGUUGAGGAAAUAGUGCCUGUGGGUAAAAUUGAUCCCGAUCAAGUACAUGUGCCUGGUAUAUAUGUAGACAGAAUAAUCAAAGGAACUGAUUAUGAGAAGCGCAUCGAGAAACGCUCAACCAAGCAAACAGUUAAACCAACCAAAGUGACACCAGCAAGUAAAAUGAGAAACAGGAUAAUCAAGAGAGCAGCUCUCGAAUUCAAAGAUGGCAUGUAUGCCAACUUGGGUAUUGGCAUGCCAAUGCUGGCCAGCAACUACAUUCCCAAAAAUGUAAAGGUCACUUUGCAGUCUGAAAAUGGAAUCCUAGGGCUCGGUCCAUUCCCUGACGAAGGUGAAGUUGACGCAGAUUUGAUUAAUGCUGGAAAGGAAACCGUAACUGUUUUGCCAGGAGCUUCAUACUUCGGUAGCGACGAGAGUUUUGCUAUGAUCAGAGGCGGUCACAUUGACUUGACUAUUUUGGGAGCUAUGCAAGUAUCGCAGAAAGGAGAUUUGGCCAACUGGAUGAUUCCCGGAACGCUAGUUAAGGGAAUGGGAGGUGCCAUGGAUUUAGUUUCAGCUGCCACAACGAAAGUCAUCAUCACAAUGGAACACAAGGCUCGCGACGGCAGUCCGAAAAUUGUACCGGAAUGUACUCUACCAGUAACUGGCCAGCAAUGCGUUGACUUAAUCAUCACGGAUUUGGGUGUAUUCGAAGUUAUAAAAGGUCAAGGACUGAGACUCAUCGAAAUCGCACCAAACGUCGACAUUAGCGAAAUCGUGAGCUCGACUGGCUGCGAAUUCUCUGUUGCUGAUGACUUAAAACAAAUGGGACAGGUCGAAGAAGCGCGUCGUGGGAUUUAAUGUACAUACACAGAUAUUGAGUGAAAUUGUAAAAUAAAUGCAGAGUACGACUUUUUUACAUGUACAUAUGUCGUGUGCAUAUGCGGUUUACAAUAAAUAAGCGCUAUGCUAUAUUAACGUUUUA